AUGGAAAAUAAUGCUAGUUCAUUGACAAGCGAUAAAAAAAAUGAAAAAAUUAAAAAAGCAUUACAAAAGUUCCUGGAUCCCAAUUUCAAGCUCAAAAACGACGUUUAUUUGAAUCUCUUUCUGACCCAUCUUUUUGGGAAAUCAGUGAAAAAACAAGAAAUCAGUAUCAAACAAAAAGACCAUUUUUGUCAAUGGCUAAUACAGGCUUGUACUUUAUGGUCCCAGACAAAAAUCGAUCCUCCUAGCGUUAUUUUGGCAUUCACCCUAAAUUUUGCUAGACAUUUAAGUACUGAUGAAGCCACUUUUGUUAGACUUGAUGGCCAAAACGUUUACAAAUGUCUUGUAGGCCUUGCUAAAACCAACCUGGAAAACGAUGCAAGUGUUACAUUAGGCUGGGUAACUUUACUAUAUUCUUUUAUGGAACAUACCAGUGGAGUUAAUUGGAUUUUAGCUUCAAAUUACUGGUGCGAUAUUGUUAUUAUGGGAAGAGAUGCCCAUACAAUGUAUAUCAGGAAAAAAGCUUAUCAAUUUGUUGCUAAAUUAUUAGGAAAAUCAAUUAAUAUAAAUAGGAAUUUUUGUUGCAAUUUGAUUCGUGUAUUAACCAAGCCACUCUACGAUACACUAAACUCACCUAAUAGAGGCUCAAAUCAACCUCUAUUAAUUGAAAAUAGUGCCCUUUUUGAACUUGUCAAACCUAAUUUAAUUUUUCUAUCAGAGGUAUUAGAAAUACUUCUCAAAGACACGCAAUGUGACGUUAUACAUUUAUUCAUCAGCCUAAAGACAAUUGAUUUGGUGAAAAAGUUACAAAUUUUAUCACAAAUAGAAGACUUUUCCUUUGAACUAGUGAAAAUCCGUUGCAUGUUUCUUUUUGCAAACUUUCGCACAGAGGAAUCUGAUGAAACCCUAACUAUGACGCAUGUAAUGCAAGAUUCAAAAGCUUUUUGUAAUCUAAAAAAUAUAUUUGAUACUAUUGAAGCUGAGAUGGAUAAGGAUCAUUUUAGAUGUGUAAUAAAAAUUUGUUAUUUUGCUAGAAACUUGUAUGGUGAAUUAUUGGGAUCGUUGCCUUUGUGUAUUAGAAAAGGUGAACCUAUUGCAUUUCAAAACCAAAUGAUUCUCAUUGAAACUAUGCCCAUGAUGAUUUAUGUGAGUGAAAGGCAAGGAAUCAACUUAGAAGAGCUAUUGGCAGACACAUAUAAAAGAGAUUUUUGUUCAAAAAUAUACAAAAUGGCUGCAAUAAGAACAAUGGAAAUGUAUUAUCGUUGGAAAGAGCGUCUAGUUCAAAGACCUGGCCUUAUGGACGAUAUAAAUUUUGCCUUGCAAUACAUCAUGAAAUCCAAACAUACACUCAAAAAGGAACAAGUAGGAUUAAUUUUUCAGCCUCUAGUUUAUACAUUUAGGGUUCUUGUUGGUAUGUUAAAGGCAGAUGUCAACAUAGAUUCAAGUUCUAUCAAUUUUACACACACCGUAAUGGAAACCCUGAUUGAUUUAGUGAAAACUUUUGAUUUGACUUGGAGGGAGAGCAUAGAAACAAUUUCAAUUAUGGAUACUACUUGUGAUCUUUUGCAGCAUCAACAGUUGCAACAAAAACUUGCAGUUGCUGCUUUGAGAGUCUUGAAUCUAUCUUUUGAAAAAUGCCUGUGUCCCAAUAUGGCUUUGUUAUUAGACAAUUCCGAAGAUUCGGCUGUGGCUCGAACAGGUGAUUUGUUGUACAGAAAAUGCCAUGAUGUUAGCUGGGAAGUUAGAGAUACAGCUUUGGAGUGCGUUUGUGCUUUGUCUUUGAAUGCAAAGUCUAAAUUUCCAUCAUUUACCAACAUUCUAUUAGAAUCAGAACUACCUCAAUUAGUCAUACAAAUGGCACUCCAUGAUGGCGAAUUCUAUGUCAGAACUACCGCAUUCAAGUGCCUACAAGAAAUGAUAGAAAUUCAAACAAUUUGGGAUAAAUUUAUGGAAAUAGAUAAUUUUCUGCAAAAAAUUUUAAAUGUUUUUGAAAACGAAACUGAAGGAGUAGCGCGUAAAGAAGCAGCAAAGUUGGUUUUGAGAAUUUAUAAGCAUCAAAAUUACCCUGAAGAAAUAUUACCCAGAGUCUAUGACAUAAUGACUCAUGCAGUAGUUGGUGAUUUACACUGGGAAGUAAAAUCGAAUGCUCUAGAUUUUUGGUUUUACGUGAUCGAAGAAAAGUUCAAAGAUCAAGGUAUGGAGGAGUGCGUCUUUCCUCCGGUCAUAUUUGCUAAAGAACAAAAAAAAAUCGUUACAAUGACCGAAGCUGAAACAGUCAAACGUAUGAUUAUGGGCCUGAACCAGAUGAGCCAUGUGGGUUGUUUGUAUGUGCUGAAAACUGCCUGUUUGGAUGAAUGCGAGGUUGAAGUAACUAGGAAACUUUCAGCUAUGAUUGAAAGAUUUGCCUAUGGAUUUAGAAAAUAUAAGGUUUCUUUUGAAAAUAUGGAUUUAGAACAACCAACAAUUAUUGUCCCAAGCCCCUGCAGUACUACAACAAAUACUGCAAGUUGUUCAGAUUUUUAUGACGUCAACAGUCCUGCAUUUUUGAGCUCCCUAUUAGAUACAGCAUUGAGCCCUUUACCAGUACCCCCUAGUCCAUCCUUGAAUAUAAAUUGUAUGUGCCCAGAUUCUCCUAUGAAUUCCAUUUCUGGUGAUAGUGGUUAUGGAACCCAGUGUUCAGAACAAAACAAUGAUAAGGAAACACCAAGUUAUGAUUCUGUUAGAGCAGAUUUGGUACUUGAUGAUCUACUAAAUGGUAAUGAUAUGUCGUUUCUGGAACAAAUUUACAAUCCCAAAGAUCAGAUGCAAAACACCAAUAGUCAAAUGCAGAAACGGCAGUAUUUGGCUCCUUCGGAGUUUGUGAAGUUUAUAUAUGAUGCAAGUGUUAAUUUGCCUGCCACAGAGGAGAAUAAAAGUCUCAAUGGUCUUAAUGAAUUUGAUUCAUUGUUGGAUGAUAUUUUGAAAGAGUAUAAUAUAGUGGAUAUUAAUAGUAUGGAUUGUUAUUGA